AUGACACGACCUCUCCUGUGCCUGAGCGCACUCGUCAGCUUAUACGCGCAUGUCGUUGAUGGCACUCCCACCAUUGCUUUCCCAUUCAACGCGCAACUUCCUCCCGUCGCACGGAUAGGCAGUCUGUGGACAUAUACUCUCUCACCGCAUACGUUCCGCUCCGACUUCAACAUCACAUAUACAUUGGGCCAGCAUCCGAGCUGGAUGUCGUUCGAGGGCCAGAGUCAAAGACUGUACGGGAUCGCCGAAGAUGGAAGUGUACCACCGGGAGAAGUGGUAGGCCAGCCUUUCCAGAUCAUCGCGACGGAUGAUACAGGUUCCGCUACGAUGGAUGCCGAAAUUGUGACAUCGCGAGACGAGGGGCCCAGCAUCAGGAUCCCCAUCUCUGAGCAAAUCCAGAAGUUUGGCGCCUACUCGGCCCCUUCCUCGCUUCUGACAUAUCCGUCGACCGAUUUCAAGUAUACUUUCGACCAGCAGACGUUUAAGCAUGAGCCGGACAUGAUCAAUUACUAUGCUACUUCCGGCAACAGUAGCCCCUUGCCGGCUUGGAUCGCAUUCGACGCGCCCUCGCUCACCUUCACCGGCCAGACUCCAGGGGUGGACGCGCUAUAUCAACCGCCGCAGCAGUUCGACAUUCGGCUCGUCGCGUCGGACAUUGAAGGAUUCUCGUCGACCUCCAUCGAAUUCUCCAUCGUUGUUAGCAGUCACAAGCUCACAGUCGCCGAACCAGUGCUCGAGCUCAAUGCCAGUCGUGGCGAUUCAUUCGAGUACGAUGGUCUCGCGAAUAGUGUGAAACUCGACGGCAAGCCUGUCGCGCCUGGCGACUUGGACGUUGCCGUCAUGAACCUACCCCAAUGGUUGUCAUUUGAUCAAAAGUCGUGGGUUCUCAAAGGGAAGCCCGGAAAGGAAGACCAUUCCACCAACUUCACUCUCAAAUUCUCCGAUUCGUUUUCCGACACUCUGGAUGUUUGGGGCACGGUUAAUGUUGCGUCCGGGCUCUUCGAGACCACAUUCCACGAAAUCGAAGCGACCCCUGGCGAAGAGUUCAAUCUGGACCUGUCACCCUACCUAAAGGACCCCAAAGAUACUGAGAUUGAGAUCAGCACAAAGCCGCAACAGGCUUGGCUAAAGCUGGACGGCCAAGAGAUCAAGGGCAAAGUGCCAAAGUCCUCGUCGGGCAAGCUCGAAAUUAUGGUGCAAGCCCGAUCCAAAAAGUCGGGAGUUACAGAGACGGAGACCCUCGCUUUGACUUUCCUCGCGCCUGAUGGCAGAAGCACGACAACGCCCACAACGGGGACAGCACGACCAUCACAGACAGGAACAAACACCGACGAUGAUGGCGGUCUUGGUACUGGCAAGAUUCUCCUCGCCACCAUCAUCCCAAUCCUUGCCAUUGCGCUGCUCCUCAUGCUCCUCAUAUGCUGUCUCAAGCGUCGACGCGCCCGCAGAACAUACCUCUCCAAGACAUUCCGUUCAAAGAUUUCCCACCCCGUUAUCGGCAGUUUGCGUGUCAACGGCUCGAAUCUACACACUGACAAGAUGGACCAACCCGUCGGUGACGAGACUCAAAUGUCCCGUGGGCCGAAAGGAGGCUAUGGGCAACCAGACUCCCACCGUUUCUCGCACUCGUCUGCCACUCUCGGUAGCUUAUCCUCGGGAGAUAUGAGCCAGGUGUACAUGCUCAACGCCGGCCCAGGGAGGAGUCUUGGAAGUUCUGGGACCGAGGACGGCAGGGGUUCUUGGAGUACUGUUGGGCGGACAGUUAAUGGAAAUAACAGCCGGGGGUCCGUGGCCACCAUCCCCUACUCGACGCAUCAAUUGCUGCCCACACCACCUCUCCUAGCCCAGACGAGCGAGGGCUUCAGGAGUGGGCUAGACCUCACAAUACCCUCUCUCGACGACUUGCCGAGCCUACAACAGAUGUAUGCGCCUCCCGCGCGAUCAACAGCAAUGUACUCGACGAUCACAACGAGCUCGGCAGCCCUGCCUCAUUCGCGUCCUACUUCACCCAAGACGGGCCCUGCGACGGCUGCUAGCAUCGGGCAGAAGUCUAGCAGCUCCGACAAGGACUGGAGCACGAUUCGAGAAGACGACUCUGUGCCUUCGCUGCCUCCGCCGCCCGCAAGACUCUCCGGCAUCCGCGGGUUUGGGUCGGAGCGAGAGUCUAUGGUGUCAGAAGCCUCGUUUGGCUCCGGUGAGAAUUGGAGAGUAUUGGGACGUAACAAUAACAAUGGGGGCAGCGUGCCCAAUCUGUCUACCUACAGGGAGUACGUCGAGGGCUCACCAUUCUACCCAUCCGGUGUCAGGGACGAGAUCACGUCGAGUCGCUUGGCGCAGACAGCGCCUAAAGCGCAAAGCUCUCUGCGUAAGGUGGUGUCUACGGACGAAAGCCCGGCUGGCAAUGUUCAAGUAUCGGGAAGCCGUAUUUCUCGGCUCACCGAGGAGAGCACGGGUGUGUCGAGCAACUGGACGCGUGAAGGCUCAGGGACCACCGCGGGGAGUUACAAGGCAUUCAUUUGA